AUGGAAGCCGAAUCAAACCCAGGUAACCACGCUGUAGCGGAGCUCAGGAGUUUGAUGUCUAGAGAGACAGCCAAGGCUAAGCUUAGACGGUUAGCCACUUGCCAAGGACAGCAAAUCCAAUUCAAUCCUAUCUGCCCAUCGACCACCCUCACCCAAUGCAAGAGCGUUCGCUUAAACUGUACAAAGGCACACUACGAGCCCAUCAUACGACCCUGGACAGAUAUCUCUUUGGGCUACUGCUCAUACCUUAAUCUAUGCUAUGGCGAGCCAAUGUUCACCAAAAACCCCUCUCUCGGAGACGGAAGUGCGCCAAGAGGAGGUACCAAGGAAUGCAGAUACAUGCAUUUCCACGUUGUGCCGUCCGAUCGGGAGCAGACCGAGGUCACCUCCACUCCUUACAACGCUCCACUACCCCUCGCAGUCCGUCGCCGUUUGCUGGCUGACCAGUCUGGAGAUCUGACGGAGGCUGCCCUUCGGGCCCAGUGGAUCAAUUGCGACAUUCGAUCGUUUGACUAUUCUGUUCUUGGACAGUUCCAGGUCAUAGUAGCUGAUCCACCGUGGGACAUACACAUGUCGCUCCCAUAUGGUACUAUGACAGACGAUGAGAUGCGCCGAAUGCCCCUCUCAUCUCUCCAGCCAGACUGGGGUAUCCUCUGUCUCUGGGUCACAGGUCGAGCAAUGGAACUGGGCCGAGAAUUAUUCUCUGUGUGGGGCUACAAGCGGGUCGACGAGCUUGUAUGGGUCAAGAUCAAUCAGCUCCAGAGGCUUAUUAGGACUGGACGGACGGGUCACUGGCUGAAUCAUACGUGUGAACACCUAUUGAUCGCUGUCAAGCUGCCUAGUGAUCAUCCUCGGGACGCUCCUAUCCCUUGGGAUACGGAUCAUCGUCUCAGGGCUCUUCGAAGAGGAAUAGACACCGAUGUUGUCGUAGCUGAAGUCAGAGAGACUAGCCGGAAGCCUGAUGAGGUUUAUGGAGUAAUCGAGCGACUUGCGCCACACGGUCGGAAGCUAGAGCUCUUUGGCAGGAGACAUAACAUUCGGCCGGGCUGGUUGACGCUAGGUAAUCAGCUCGGGGACACCACGGUCACAGAGCAAGAUCUGCAUGAUCGGCUUAGAGACAAAUACCCUCAACUACCCAUCAUAUUGGCCGACUAAGGUACAAUCAAUGUGCAUACAACGAAUGGAACAUGCCUUCUACAAGAUUUGUGAUAUGCUUAUAACAUACAAAUGUGCUUUGUAUUAAUGACGAUG